UUUUUGCGUGUUUCCCGUGCUUAAAAUUUUACGCGCCCUAAUCCUCGAAGAAGAAGAAGAAGAAGUGCUUAAAAUUUUAUAAAAAAGUCGUACGUUUUUGGUACGUUUUACCCCGUGCAUAUUUUUUUCGAAUACUAUCGGCUUUACCUACCGUUUCUUGGCAUGUUGUGAGAUUUUCACCUAUGUAUAGGUGUAACGUAUACCUUGGGUGUAACGUAGGUCACGUCGUUGAGGUUGAGUGAGGUUGAUGUCGUUAGCUCAAGCUCGGUUAUAUGGCCUUGGUUAGCUCGUUGCUACAUGUCAUUGUUUAAUCUCCUUGCAACAUAGCACCAGAAUAUUAGGAACAACAGUCAACACGUCAACACAAUGUGCUUCAUUGGGCUUUGAAUUCAAACAAGCUUGGGAUUUUGAAUCAGAUUGGGUGGUUUGAUAACCAUAUCAUGGUAUAUAUAGGGCCUUGCAUUUCAUAUGAUUUGCUUGGGCGUCAGUAGUCUGUGACCGAUCCUUGAAAUCCUGAUCUAAUUGGUGCUCAUUGUCAUAGUUAUGCGCUAAUACGUCAAUAUUUUGACUGACUGCUAAUGUUUUUUUUUUUCCUGAUAGCUGAUUCCAAGAGUUUGGUGAAAUUGCCCUUUUGCACCCUAGGCCCAAAAGAGUUCACUAUCCAUCCUUGAUGAUAAUAAUUUGCUCCACCCCCAGGCCCCAAGUCUUGAUCAAAGUCUAAGUUAAGGUCUAUGGCUUAUGACUGGAGCUUUCUUCUAAAGUUUCAUUGGGUUUUAUUCAGGAACAACUCAGAACAAGGCCAAGAAAACAUGGCCCAGUUUCAUGGCACACAAAUGGUACAAUUUACUAGCAGCUGCUAUUAUGAUAAUUAGGUAUUACUUGGUUGAGCUCUCACCCAGCACCCCUCAGUUUCACUUUCAAUGGAAACAUCACACAUGCUGACAAAUGCAGUUUGUUGAAAUUGAGAGGACUUGUAGCUCUUGAAACAGGAUCUUAUUUUGUCUUAAAUUAUCAAUAUAAUUAUAAGUUACCUAUUUGUAGAUAUCAAGAAUGGCCCACAGGCCACAAACAAUUCAAUAAUCAAAAGCCUAAUGAAAUGCACAUUGUUCAUAUACCCUGUUAACAACAGAUUUGUGAUGGAAGACACUAUGCAUUUGGACAAGUCAAGCAGCAUGGAUACCAAGUUCAGCAGUGCCAUGCUGAAGAAGGCAAACCAGCUGUUUGGCAGUAAGGGGGAUGACAUUGACCACCUGGAAACUAUUCGCGGGCAGCUCUUGGCUCGCAAAGACGAGCUGGAGCGUGACCUGGCCAUCAGCAACAAGAGCUCAGACUCUGCGCUGUCACAGCUGCUGACCCGCGCCCAGUCGGCCACUGCACAGAUCGACUCACUGCAGAAGACUGUGGAGCCGCUGCGCGCCCAGUGCGAUACAUUCGUGUCAGCCAACAGUGAGCUGUGCGCCGCGCUGGCGCCGCCCCUGGCCGCCGAGGAGCUGCGGCUCAAGGAGCGCAGCUACCGCGCGCUGCUGCGCCGACUCACGCAGCUCAGCGACGCUGUGCGCGAGCGCGUGUCGGCCGGCCAUCUGGACGAGGCGCUGGCGCGUCUUCGCGAGCUGCACGAGGCCACUAGCGGCGUGGUGGGCGAGUCUCGGUGCCACGCGCUGGCCGAGUACUGCCGCGGCCUGGUGUCAGCCUGGCGCGGCCUGCUGCUGCGCCGGCUCACCGGCCAGCUGGACGCGGCACUCGCCGAGCUGCGCUACCCCUUCAUCAGCACCAACAUGGCCGUGCACGCAGCGCCGCCCGGGCCGGAGGCGCAGCUCCACCUGGAGACGGCGCUGGCGCGGCUGGCUGCACUGGCCGGCUGCGGUGAGGAACCGGCGCCCUCCCGGCCGUCAGUUCUGGCCGCCUUCCCGCCGGCCAGUCUGCCCGUCCGACUGCUGCUGCGCCCGCUGGUGCGGCGGUUUGUGUACCACUUCCAGGGGCAGAAGCGCACCAACGACCUGGCGCGACCCGAGUGGUACAUGGGCCAGGUGCUGCAGUGGAUCACUGACCACGAACAGUUCCUGGAGACCAGCGUCGAGCCGACACUGGCAAAGACCCUUCCCGACUGUCGACCCCGCCUGGAGUUCUGCCGCGGUCUGGUCGAACUCACCGUGGACAAGCUGCUGCGCGACCUGCCCGAGCUACAGUUCGACGACGCCUCCUUCUCUCACACCGUUGACGAGACGCUGCAGCUUCAGCGGGGCCUGGCGCAGCUGGGAUACGGCGGGGGCGGCGGCGAGCAGCCCGGUCCACUUCUGGCCGUCUGCCAGCCGGGGUACCUGCUCCGCUGGGUGACCAUCGAGCGCAAGUACGCGCUGGAGCGCGUGGAUCAGAUGAUGGCCUCGGAGACGGCCUGGGCGGUGCAGGGAGAGGCGGACGGAGGGGUGACUGAGCUGGCGGACGGUGUGCUGAACAUGCUGCAGGCCAUGACGGAGCGCUACCUGCUGCUGCCGGAGCCCGGUCAGCGUCUGCAGUUUCUGGAGCUGCAGCUGGAGCUUCUGGACGACCUGCGGGUCCGCCUGCUGCAGCUGCUCGGAAACGAGAAACAGGAGCCCCUCGGAGAGCGUUGCUGCGCGCUGUUGAACACGGCCCACCACCUGCGGCGAGCGCUCACCGAGUGGGGCGAGCAGCCUGUGUUUCUGCACCUGCAGUUCUUCCGCCGCAGACUGACGGCGGCAGAGGCCAGCGGGCGCCGGGCAGAGCGUCAGGAGAGCGAGGGAGAGGAGGAGGAGGAGCCCACUCUGUCCCUGGACCAGUUGCUGCUGGAGCCGGAGCCGACGCAGGGCCCGGCCGGCGACGGCGGGCCGCCGGACGACGCUGAUGACGGCCUGAAUGUGACGGCGUUCGACGAGAUCGUCCAGCGGCUCGGACGGAUCGAAGACGACAUCAUCGAGGCGAUCGUGAAUCAGAUCCUACUCGAGGUGAAAGCUCGCAGCCGACCCUACCGCAAAGACAAAUGGUUCGCCAUGCCCUCGCCGGCCGAGUUUGUCUCUCCGAGUCUUACGCCAACCGCCUGUCCGAUUCUGCAGGUACUCACACAGUGCCUGCAGCAGCUGCGCGGGCUGCUGGCAGCCUCCGUAUUCGACUCAGUAUGGCACGCCCUCGCCUCUCAGCUCUGCGAGUACCUCUACGACGAGCUAAUAAUGGCCAACUCCUUCAACGAGGGCGGCGCCGCGCAGCUCCGCUUUGACAUCGAGCGGAACCUGCUGGCCGUGUUCUCUGACCUCGGGGACGACCCUGAGGGCGCCCGGCGACCGACCGUGGCCUUCCGACCGCUCCUCGCGGCGACAGUGCUGCUCACACUACCCACCGGCUCGGCACUGUUGCUGCUGGACACCAUAAAACACAGUCCAGAGACGGCCGAUACGGCACUGGCUGAGGCCGGUGCGGACGGACUGACGCCCGAAGAGGCGCGUGAGGUGCUCCUCAGGAGGACGGCGCUAUCGGUCAGCUGAGGGGUAAGCGGGCGGACCUAUCAAUGUGCUUGGACUGAGCUUACGAGACCCGUUUCUUACCCGAGGGUCACUCUGCAGAAGGGUGAGCUGAUCCAAGUGCUGCAAGUGAGCGGGACGGGCUGUGUUGAAGUUUUCGAUGCAUCGGAGACGUGACUGUGUGGUGGUUGGUGGUUUGGCGUGCUGGGGUGCUUCUGGGAUGCGCUGAGGGCGGAGAGCAACUUCCUGCUUUGAAGUUGCGGUUUUCAAUACCGGUACAACGGUGCGAAUUGCUUUCCGCAUUUGGGUGAGGAUUUCGGAUGUGGCAUAUUUAAACGCUCGAUGGCAAAGACUUAGAGCGCGCCUUUUGUGUGAUACGUUCGGAUAUUGUGGUCUCAGUUGCACCGCGUAUUCCGUGCAGAAGGUGAUAUUAUUGAAAGCAGAGCGGUGUAUGCUGUUUAUGUCUUAUGAUGCCGAGAUGUUUGGCCGGUGAGCAAUAAUUCUGAUUGCGCCUUUUCGUGUGUUCGAACAGCUCCGGACUUUGCCAAUGUGUGCCAGGUCGCCGCCAUAAGGUGCGCGAAUUGCAGCUAACGCUGCAUUGUGCCGGCAUGACGUUAUCUGUAUGCGGUUAUGCAGAGUGAGAGCUGUUAUUGUUGAGUGCAGUCAAAACUGUAUUGAUCCUUGUAUUGAUCAGUCUCUUUCAGUAAAAGAAAGGACGCCAAUGACCUGUGUUAAUGCCUAAAUAUUUUAUAUGAAUAUAUUUAAUACCAUGUAAA